GAGGAGGAGGAGGAAGAAGAGGAGGAGGAGGAGGAAUUGAAAUCGAAAUCGUCUUCUCGUUCAGAGCUGGAAAUCCUGUGCAAAACGAUGGACUUUGCUGGUCUGAAGAGGUACAUCGUGAGGCAUAUCUCAGAUAAAGAUGGAUUGCGUAAACAACUUCCUAAGGCAUUGACACUGUCGCACAAUCCAGCAAGGCUUGUAGUGCAAUGUAUCAACAAGGGGAGCAAGAAGCAUGUUAAGAGCUCAAGGGGACGGGCUUCUUUAUUGGCUAUGGAAUGCCUCUUGUUGAUGAUGGGAGAAAGGAGAGUAGUUGCGAUUGAUAAACGGACAAAAAAUGAGGCAGAGCAGGCAGCUUUAGCAUGGCGGGCGAGGCUGAUAUCCGAAGGAGGUAUAGGAACGGCUCAGGAAAUGGAUGCCCAGGGUUUGCUGUUGCUCAUUGGGUGUUUCGGGAUUCCUCAAGGAUUUAUGGAUCGGGAUAUCAGAUUUUUGUUCAAGGCAGGUGGCGCCAUGGAGAUUUCUGGUGCCCUUAGGAGAUCAAGAGUUCUCAUGGAAAAGAUUCCGAAAAUAAUACAGUGGAUGUUGAAUAACUCUUUAGUAGUUGGGGCCAUUGACAUUGCCUAUACUUUUGGAAUGGGGAACAGAUAUAACCCUCGUAAAAUCUUGACAUCAUUUUUACAUAACUCUGAAGUGUCAUAUUUGAACAAUACUAAGGGACUUGAACAUCAAAGUAUUGCUGUGCGUGCAGGUAAAAAUAAGCACUUGUCUGAUCUGAAAUCUGUCGGGGAAUGUUUGGAACGCCACAAGAUUGAUCCUUCGAAACUCCUUCCUGGUUGGCAAAUCGAUGUGAGAAUAAUGAACUUGGAGAAAGAUAUUGCUGAUUUGAAUAUGCAUAUAGGUGAGAAAGAAGUUACUGAAUUGACUAGGCAUAUAGGUGAUCAGAAGAUGACACAAAAGAGAAAAAUUGGUGAGACUGAGUCGUCUGGUAAUUUCAGCAACAAAGAAAUGAAACCCUCACAUUUUCCAAAUCCAAAUCCAAAUCCAUGGCCUCUACAACAACAUAGAGUUGUUAAUCAUGUUGAUGAUAGCAACAGUACCUUGUUAGAACGUGGUGGAACUGCCGGCCAAAUUUAUGGUUAUUCUCUGGCCCCGUCUGUAUUGCAUGGAACUGUUGCAGGCUCAAUACAUCAAAAUGCUGUUGGCUCACUGGCAGGACCUGUGGGAGGUGCUGUGGCCAUGGAUGGAGCUGGCGCAGGUAAUUCAGUGAAAGGAGGUUCAUGUGUUGGAGUUCAUGGAGGGACUCUAGUUGAUCAUACACCUAGUCAAAUAGGAAGUCAUACUGGUCAGUUAUAUGGACCCCCUGGUGAUGCAGCUGUGCAUGACAGACUGGCCUCCCAUACCUAUGCUUAUAGGCCGCCAUCCUACUUUGAAGCAUCGGGCUCUAUGGGGUUGCCAAACACCAUGCCUGGUGAUGCUUAUAGGCCUCCACCAUAUUUGGAAGGCUCUAAGGGGUUGCCAAACAACAUACCCGGUGAUGCUUAUAGGCCAACACCAUACAUGGAAAGCUCUAAGGGUUUGCGAAACAACAUAUCUGGUGAUGCGAAUCAGCCUCCACCAUACAUGGAAGGCUCUGUACGGUUGCCAAACACCAUACCUGCACCAUAUCAGUUUGCUGAUACUGUUCCAUCUGCUGCCCUUGCUCAUCCUUCACCCUCCUUGUACUGGAAGAGAUAGUUUUGCAUUGGGCAGGCAUUGUUUCUAACUUAGUUUCCCUUUUGUAGUAUACCCUAUCUAGAAGUGAUCUCAUGCGCAUGGUCUUGGAGAAGGUUGUGUUUCAUUAGCUACUAUAAAGCUCUGGCGAAUGUUCGGCUUAGCAUAGUGAUGUCUAAAUUCAACCUGGAAAACUUUCAUUUGUUUGGAAAGAUUUCAAAAAUUACAAAAAAAAUUUAAAAAAGCCAGUCCAGCAGGUCACAAUGGUUCCUUGGAAAACCCAAGGUCGUGGGUUCAAUUCCUCAAACAUGCAUCUUCCUUUUUUUCCAAGUGUGACAUUCUUGUAAUUUUCUCCCGAGAUGAGAUUAAAUGGAGAAACAAGAAUCGUGAGGAUUCAUAUGUUUGUUGUUUUGAUAGUCUGUUCAAUUAUUGACUGGAGACGCUGUGGGCAUGUGCACUUGUAUAUCUUGUUUGUCUCUCCAUUCUUACGCGUUACGAGUAAAUGUUGGACCUGCAUCUUUUUAUUUGCUCCCUUGAUGUUAUGAAAUGAUAUAGUCUUCUUGCAUUUAGUUUCAAUGUGUUAAAGUUUUAGGUUUUCUUGUAUGGAUAGUCUACCCAAGGUUGUAGUUUAUUGCUUGGUGUGAAUUGUUUGAUCAUUGGCCAUCAGCCUUUGAGUCUGACCAUGAUUUGCAUAUCUAUUGUCUAGAAGAUAUAUUCUGAAGUUGGCCUUCGACUUAUGAAUCAAUCCUUUUGAUUUGGGAUUUGGGGAUCAAUUGUAUGUCUGUUUCUACGUUGCUUAGGUAGGUGGUCGAGUGUGUUAUGUUUCAAUUGCUGUGAUGUAGAACAGCUGAAGGUGGUUGAGUAUGUUAUAUUCAAUUUCUUUUUUUCUAACUUCACAAUUUAGUUUCUGGGCUUGCAGAUAUGCAUCAUGUGGAAACCACAUUUACUUGUUUUUGUUUUAUUUCUAUGUUUCAUUGUGUUGAAGUUUGACUUCAUUAAGGUGUCACCAAAUGUCUGUUUUUAUAUGCAGUACAGCUGUUGCAAUGCAUACAAUAUUUUUGUUGCUCCUGAAGUCAAAAUUUUGCUUGGUCAUAAAUGCACCUUUAUAUUUCCUGGUGGUUACAGAGGGAAACUCCGCUUGUGUGAGCUUGCUCAAAUUGUAGGUCCCAAGUAGACAACCAACAAACUAGUCAAUAGCGUGGAUCGUAACAUUACAAGAUAAGAUGGGCUAAGAUGGAUUGACACAGACAGUGAGAAUGUACACAAACAGAUCUCAACUUGCUCGGAUUGAAGUUUAGUUGUUUUCUUGUUACAGGGGAGAUUGAUGGGCAAACCUUGGCCUGAACUCUGAUUGUGAUAAUUUGCAUCUGAUUCCGCUGCUUUUUACCAGCAUCUGUGACUUUUGGCUUGAAUGAGCUGUAUAAGAGAGACAACAGCUCAACGUUUAUGUAUGAAUUGAAAUUGGGAUUUCAGCAAUGCCCCAGAUAUAGUCAUAUGAGAAUUUCUAGCAUAUUUAUUUCUUGUAAAAUUUAUGUAAAAUCUCUCCUUAACGUAGAUAGAGUUUCCUAUCUAUCUCCACUGCAUUUUGUAGUUUUACAAUUGCUUGAUUGGCCAUAUGAGGUAUAAAUCUUCAUAAUGUUUAACGUGC